ACCCUCCCACCCUCCGCCUCUCCUUCUCUCCCCUCCCACGCCCCACCCACCACUGUUUGCUUUUCUCCCGGAUCUGGAUGAAGGGGUUGCCCUGCCCAUGCCCUGCCCUGCCCCAUUUGUGGUGGCUGGGGUCUUGCUUCAUGGCUGAGGGCUCGGGGACUCAGGCCCCUGGGAAAGGGCCCCGGCUCAGCAUCCAGCUCCUGAGAGCCCAGUACGAAGGCUUGCGUCGGCAGCAGAGGGCCCAGGCCCACCUGGUGGUGCUCCCGAAAGGAGGGUACGCGUCUGCUCCUGCAGAGUCCAUGGUCAGUGCUGUUUGGAUUAACAAGGAGAGAAGGUGUUCCCUGUCCCUGGAGGAGGCAGAUCCUGAAGCAGAGGUGAUGCUGGAGGAGGCUGACAGAGGCUGUCUUCAGGUCCCCGAAUCUCCAUGGCACAAGCACCUAGAGAUGCACCACUGGGUCCAGACCUUCCAUCAGGAAACCGGUCUUCAAGUGAAACACAAGGGCAAGCUCAUGGGGUCCGAGCAAAGGCUCUCUCAGGAAGGAGACCCGGGCUCGUUUGAAAACAAUCAGAUGACUCAGCAAGGGACCAGCAUUCUAGAAACAGCCCGGCAUGAAUGUCAGGAGGACAAUGUCCAAACAAAGGCAGCGGGAUCUGGCUUAAAUAUCGGCAUUCAGUGCCCUCCUUCCAUAAAGAACCCACACAGGUCUGAAAAACCAGCUCACUAUCCAUUUCCCCAGAGGAAAACUCCCAGGAUCUCUCAAGCUGCCAGGAACCUGGGCUUAUAUGGACCAGCCUGAGGCUUUCUACUCAGCCAAAUGUCUCAACUUUGAAACUAUGGAUGACCUCAUCAAAGAACACGGGAGGCAGAGCCACAGCUAGGGCCUCUAGCUGUGCACAAGAGCUAGACUAACUCAGUUGCAAGGAUUCUGAACUUCAUGGUGGACACACAGUCUUGCCCUUCAAAAAAGAAGAGAUUGCCUAGACCAGAUUGCACACAGUCCAGGAUGAAAGAGCGUUGUCUAAUCGAUGCGAUGUGGCCUUAUUCUGCUUAUAUACAAAGACCUUGCUAUGGAGCCCUAGAUGCCCAUUAUUUGGGGAGGCCCAGUAAGACACCUCCUCUGUCCCUAGAAAAGGGAAUUUGCAAACAUAACACAGGCGCCCUAGCCAAUGGAAUGCCUUAGCAGUGCCCUGGAGUCAACGGGCGUGGGCAGUCUUGUUUUCAGUAUCUUCUGAUGAUUUCUCACAUGAUCUGGAGAAGAUGAGCACUGAGAAUUGCGUUUUUCUGUUCACUGUGCCCGGAGGCCAGCUCACUUAGAAGUCACUGCAUUCAUUGGGAGUGACCACACCAUUUCAGCUAAGACUCUCAAAGUAUGGUCACUGUGGGUUAAACAAACAAACCAACAAACCUACUGUUUUGUGUGUUAAGGGUGUUUAGGCCAUCUCUCACCUCUCACUGAGACUGCACAUUCCAGACCAACCAUUGGUUUAUUUCCUUGCCUCUCUCCCUCUAUUCUUCCCUCCCUCCCUCCCUUUCCUUACCUUUCUUUUCCUCUCUUCCUUCCUUCUAUCCUUCCUCCCUUCCUUCCUUUCUUCCCAUUUGUCUGUCUUCUCAUCCCCCCCCCACUCU